GAUAGUGAAGAUGAUCAAAGAAGACAUGCAUAAAAAAAGGGAUCAAAGUUUCUUCUUCUCUUCUUAUCAUCUCUUCUGAUUGUUUUUCUGUUGUGGUUUGUUCUCUUUCUCUUCAUUUUCCUCUAAUAUAAGAUUUAUUUAUUUAUUUAUAAUACUUCUUUGUCUGUCUUUGACAGAGGAAAAAAUUAUUAUCGCGAUUUGAUUUUGAUUCAAGUACUAUGACAAUCCCUAAUUCUGAAUCCAUCCGAGUUUGUGAGUUUCCCUGCACUCCUGAGGAAGAGAAACGUAUUGUGACGGAACUGAUUAGCGAAGCUGAGGCUGAUUUGAAAGAUGGAAACUUGUAUUUCGUUAUCUCAAACAGAUGGUACACAAGCUGGCAAAGAUUUGUUGGGAUACUAACGGUAGAAUUUCCCAGUGGAGAUACUUCAAAAGUUACCAGACCUGGAACAAUUGACAAUCAUGAUAUUAUUGAAAGUGAAAGUGACAUUAGUGAUCCUCAACUUCGCAUGAUGUUGGAGGAAGGGAUUGAAUACGCUCUCGUUCCUCUAAAAGCUUGGAAUAAACUCGUGGAAUGGUAUAAAGGAGGUCCUCCAAUACCAAGGAGAUUAAUCUGCCAAGGGUUUUACAACAAGAGCUUUAAUGUAGAGGUUUAUCCACUAUGUCUUAAGUUGACAGACAAUAGAGAUGACACCAUGACCAUCAUAAGGUUGAGCAAACAGGCUUCUAUAGGCAAACUUUAUGAGAUAGUUUGUGAUGUAAGAGGGGUAGCAAAAGAUAAGGCUCGCAUUUGGGAUUACUUCGAGAAGAAAAAAAAUGUACUCUUGGAUCCUUCAUCUAACAAAAGCGUGGAGGAAUCAUGCCUUCAACUAAAUCAGAAUAUUCUUCUUGAAGUGGAUGGUUCUACAUUAUCUCAAACUGAAAUGAGCUUGACUAAAACUGAAUUGGCAUUGGUACCUCUAAAACCUACAAGGGCGCCAGUUGCUAUGAAUAUAAUGUUUGAUGGGGAAACCGUACCUAAUGGUCAUUCCAAGGAUUCCAAGUUUAGCCUAUUUCAAAGAAAUACUUUGGAAGAGGAUGUUUUUUUGAGUAGUUUUGGGAUACGAGACAAGAGAGGUUUAGCAGGNUUACAGAAUUUAGGAAAUACAUGCUUCAUGAAUAGUGUUCUUUAGUGUCUGGCCCAUACACCCCCUAUUGUUGAAUAUUUUCUACAAGACUACAACUCCGACAUAAAUGCAUACAAUCCUUUAGGAAUGCGUGGUGAGCUUGCACUCGCAUUUGGUGAACUUUUGAGGAAAUUAUGGUCGAUUGGAUAUGAUAAAGUUUCGCCACGUGAUUUUAAGAAAAAGUUAGUUCUAUUUGCUCCACAAUUUGGUGGUUAUGAUCAACAUGAUUCUCAAGAAAUGCUGGCUUUCCUGUUAGAUGGGCUCCAUGAAGACUUGAACAAAGUAAAAAUAAAACCUUAUAUUGAAGCUAAAGACUCAGAUGGUCGUCCAGAUGAUGAAGUAGCCGAAGAAAAGUGGAAAUAUCACAAGGCCCAAAAUGACUCGGUGAUAGUUGAUGUUUUUCAGGGACAAUACAAGUCUACACUGGUAUGCCCAGAUUGUGGAAAAAUCUCAAUCACUUUUGAUCCCUUCAUGUACUUAUCUUUGCCAUUACCAUCAAGUCGCACUCGACCAAUGACUGUUACAAUGAUUUAUUGUGAUGGAAGCCAUCUUCCGAUGCCAUACACUGUAAGAGUUCCUAAACAUGGUUCAUGUAGAGAUCUCAGUAAUGCAUUAGGUAUUGCUUGCUGUUUGAACAAUGACGAAAGCCUUUUACUCGCAGAGGUUUAUAACUACAAGGUCUUCAAGUAUUUUGAGAAUCCUAUGGAGUUGCUUAGUUCAAUUAAAAACAAUGACAAAAUUGUGGCGUAUCGAUUUAACGAUACGCAUAAAGUACCAGGAAAAGUCAAGCUUGAAGUUCUUCAUAUGGACCAAGAAAAGUUUGAUUGUGGCAUAGCCCUGAAGCAUUUUGGAACUCCCCUUGUUACUUAUAUCAAUCAAGAACCACUUAGUGGAACUGACAUUGAUGCAAGCAUCUCUAAAUCGCUAUCAGCCCUACGUCGGGUUGAUAUGUCAGCUAUAGUUCAUAGUAGAAACAAGAAUUUCCAGAAUCCCGAUGUUGCAGAUGAAUCAUCCGGAAGUGUAUCAUCUAUAUACACUAGAACGAAGGAUAAUACAGUUGAUGAUAGAGCCUUCAGCCUUUUAAUGCCAGAUUACUAUUCUUCCAAUCUUGAGCCACUUGAGUUUGAUUCCAUUGUAAAUCCUGGAAGUGUUACAAAGGUUAUAGUCAAGUGGAACGAAAAGUUGCAUGAAAAGUAUGAUUCCAAUUACUUGAAUGAUUUACCUGAGGUUCAUAAAACAAAUUUUUUAGCGAAGAAGACAAGCCAAGAGGAAAUAUCUUUGUUUUCAUGUUUGGAAGCAUUUCUAGCAGAAGAGCCUCUAGGAUCAGAUGAUAUGUGGUAUUGUCCUGGCUGCAAAGAACAUAAACAAGCGAAUAAGAAGCUAGACUUGUGGAAGUUGCCAGAUAUUCUUGUGUUCCACCUAAAACGAUUUACAUAUAGCAGACAUUUCAAGAAUAAGAUUCAUACAUUUGUGAAUUUUCCAAUUCACAAUCUAGAUUUAAGCAAGUACAUGACGAGCAAAGACGGUCAGUCAUAUCUUUAUGAGCUAUAUGCCAUUAGCAAUCAUUAUGGUGGCAUGGGAGGUGGUCACUACACUGCUUACGCUAAGUUGAUGGAUGAAAACAAAUGGUACUAUUUUGAUGAUCGUCGUGUUUCUGCUGUAAAUGAAUUGGAGAUCAAGACUUCAGCUGCUUACAUUUUGUUCUAUCAAAGAGUGAGAAGUGAAUCAGAGACAUCGAGAAUGAAAGUGGAUUAGUGGAAAAAAUCCUUUCAUUUAAUUUUGAGGAUUUAGAGAAAGUUUGCUACUUUCCUCAAGAUUCAUUUAUUGGUCUCAUCAUGCUCUAUAUUUUCUUCCAAAAAGACUGAUAGAUUGUUUUGUAAGAGUUCUUUUUAAUUACUUUUCUUGCCCAGUUUGGGCAGUGAAAAACAUAUUAUACUAUUGGCAUAUUGUUCUUAUCAUCGUUGAGAUA